AUGGCGAGCUCGGGCGAUCAUUUGCUGAGGCUACAGCGCACCGCGUACAUGACGCCCCGAAGAAGAUCACCCUCUAUUGUAGACGCAGUCGACCGGCCUCGUGAGCAGACGACUCCAUUCUCCCCUGAGAACAUCUAUCCUACACCACCGGAAUCUAGUCCUUGGCAAGCUUGCCAUCAGACCGAGUCUGCAACGACCUCACGGCCAGCACCUUUGAAAUUGCUCGGAGGAGGAGGAGAGCAUAAUGCAGUUCCUCAGACGCCCCAAAGACGAGUCGAUGUCGGGAUCCACAGCAGUUUUACCCCAUUCCACGAUAUCAAGCAAGAUAUCGACAAACUCAUCGGGGAACUACCAACAGGCUUUGAAGAUUUGGUCAAGUCAAAAGAAGAGACAGUGGUCGAGCGCUCAGAGAUCCGUAAUGGCAAGCAUCUGUCUCUCUUCCUCUAUUCACCUUCUAAAAAGAAGCCUCUCGAGCCCACUAGAGAAGACGUCUUCGGUUCAGGAGAAGGAUUUGAACUUAUCGGAGAAGAAACGCUGGCUCUACCUUGUAUCAACUCGUCAGCACCGACGGACCUGGAGCGUCAACAGCAACCCCUCAACCGCUCACUGCUCAGCAAAGCAAGCUGCGUCUUCAAAAAGACCAUCAAGUUUAUCGUCCCACGAGGUCUCCAUCGCUUGAGCAGGGACAACACGUUACGCGAGAUGCGUCUUGGAGGAGGAGAAGAAGCAAAAGCAGAAGAAGAAGCCCCGAGACCAAUCCAGCUGCCGCCAAAGAAAAAAGCCCGUUCCAUACCCAUGAGAAAUCCUCCUCCAGGCUGCUGCCAUCACUCCCAACAACAAACACUUCCAACUUCUACUCCCGGCGCCUCAAACUCUAUUCUACUGCUACCCAUCAUGUCCAACAAUUCCAUCUCAUCGCCUCCUCAGCGACGAAGACGACAAGAACAACCACAACAACCAAAGUCAAGCAUCCGCCGUAAACCCGUUCCAAAAGUCCCACCACCAAAAUACCCUGCAGCAGCGACUACUCCUGACCAUGUGGCAACAACAAUAAGAGGAGGAAGAAGAAGAAGUGACAUUUUACGCAUCCACAAUGUUCCGUCGUAUAUUGUGCAUCAAGAUGACUUUUUUCAUCCUCCUCCUCCUCAUCAUCAUCAUCGUUUCUCACCACCCGAGAGCAAAAGCAACAGUAGUAGCAACAGAAUCCAAUCUUUGCAUGCUUCUAUUCAUGAUUUUGAUAUCGAUGUGAUGAUGCCUGAUCAUCAUCAUCAUCAUCAGGAGAAGGAGAAACAACAACAACAACAACAACAAAAGGCACAGAAAGGACAGAAAAUUCUUGCCCAAAUUCCUUUGUCUCAAACUCCCCUGUACAUUCAAGCCGCGGCAUCUUUAUGUAUCAUGGCAAUUGCUGCCGGAGCGGAUUUUUUGGUCGAGGAUGAUUCUUCUUAUGGUUAUUACUGGGGAGUUGGGAGGAAGAUGGGGAGUUGGAGGAGGAGGGUUGGAAGUUGUAAGAUUUCAGAAAGGAGGAGGUAG